AUGGCGGCCGCGCCGACUCCGGCAAUAUGCAAAUUGCGAACCGAGCGCAACAUCCCGAAAAGAGCCCCAAGGACAACGAGCCACACCAAAUUCGGGGCUGCGGACCGGAUAGGACAAUCGGUAAGAGGUCCCCGGACAUCGGCAGACCCGCGGAAUAGCCGCCGACAUGCCGCCCUAACGGAACAGUGCGACUGCGGAAACAGGACCCCAGACAACGAGCCGAAAAAUGCCUUUUUGGGCACGCCGGCGAGGACGGAAGCCCCGGUUCUGCUGCCUAGCAGACCCGAUCUUCUCCUCCUCAGCGUCGCCAAGUGGGAGCAGCGAAGGGGUCGCUGGUGUUCUUCUGAAGCUGAAACCAUAGUCUUCUUCUGCAUUGAACUUUUGAACUCUUCUCCUCUGCGCAUGCGCUUUUGGCUUUCUGCUCUGUUAUCUGGGGGUGAAGGGGUCACAGCCCCCAUAUGCCCCCUGAAGCCCCCCUGUCCCCACAGAGAGGUCCCGGCCCUGGCGGUGCAGGAUCCCCGGCCCCAGCCCAGCAUCUCCAUCAACAGUCUGAACCAGGAGAUCAAGGAGGACGAGCUGGAGAAUUUCCUCUAUGCCAUUUCCUCACGGUUUGGGCAGAUUUUGGACAUCUUGGUGUGGCCCAGUCUCUGUCUGCGGGGCCAGGCCUUCCUCACCUUCAGGGAGAUGAGCAGCGCCACCAACGCCCUGCGCUCCCUGCAGGGCUUCCCCUCCUGCGGCCAACCCGUGCGGAUCCAGCGCGCCCGGCCGGGCUCGGCCAGCGCGGCCCGGCAGGGAGCGCUGGUGGGGCGGGAGCGGGCGGAGCGCGAACGGGACCAGCGCAGAGCCAAGGGGGGAGAGGCCCCGGCCCCACAGAGAGCGGGGCCGGAGCGCGGGGCCGGCCGGGGAUGGCUCGGGGAUUGUUCCGGGCGAUUCGGGCGCUCGCAGCGAUCUCUGCGGGAUUCUUGGGCUGCUUCUGGGAGGAUUUGUUGGGGCUUGGUUCCCGGGGUUCCAGGAGCUGCGCUGGUGCCUGGGUGCCGCGACAUCGCCUCACUGCAGUUGGACACCGAGGUGCAGGUGGGCGCUGCCUGCGAGGCCCUGCAGGGCUCCAGCAUCACCCAGAGCCACCCCAUGGAGAUCUCCUUUGCCAAAAAGUGA